UCGGGAGUGCAUCCAUCUCCCAGCGCGCGCGCGACGCCGCCGCCGCCGCCGCUCCCGUUAGUGCGGUCCCUGCGCGCGCGACACACCAACUACACCAACCAAGACAAGACGAGACGAGACAAGACAAGACAAGAAGGAGGCAGAAGCAGAGACCGAGACGGAAGCAGGAUGCGCGCGCUGCUCGGCGUCCCGACUCCCAUCUUCCUCCUCGUCGUGUACGGAUUGUGUCCCUCUAUGACGAUUGGGCCGAAGGAGGGCUGGCAGGUGUACAGUUCAGCGCAGGAUGCAGAUGGUCGCUGUAUCUGCACUGUAGUGGCCCCGGAGCAGAAUCUCUGUUCCAGAGACGCCAAAAGUAGACAGUUACGCCAACUACUGGAGAAGGUCCAGAACAUGUCGCAGUCGAUUGAAGUGCUGAACCUGCGCACUCAGCGGGACUUCCAAUACGUCAUGAAGAUGGAGAACCAGAUGAAGGGGCUCAGGACAAAGUUCAGACAGAUCGAGGAAGACCGCAAGACCAUCAUGGCCAGAAAUUUCAAGGAGCUGAAGGAUCGAAUGGAUGAGCUUCAGCCCCUGAUCCCCGUGCUGGAGCAAUACAAAACAGACACUAAGCUCAUCUCGCAGUUCAAAGAGGAGAUCAGGAACCUAUCGGCAGUGCUGACGGGGAUCCAGGAUGAGCUGGGGGCGUAUGAUUAUGACGAGCUUUACCACCGAGUGAUGAGCCUCGAGACCCGUCUGCGCAGCUGCAUGAGCAAACUUACGUGCGGCAAAUUAAUGAAAAUCACAGGACCCGUGACCAUAAAAACGUCAGGCACCCGGUUCGGUGCAUGGAUGACCGACCCAAUGGCAUCUCCAAGAAACAACAGAGUCUGGUACAUGGACACAUACACCAACAGCAAGGUGGUGCGAGAAUACAAAUCCAUGGCAGAUUUUGUUUCAGGUCAAGAGUCUCGAACAUACUACCUUCCAUUUAAGUGGGCAGGGACCAAUCAUGUAGUGUAUAAUGGAUCGCUAUAUUACAACAAGGAGCAAAGCAACAUUGUGGUCAGGUACAGCUUUGAGACAGGCCGUGUGCUGGCUCAGCGGGCACUCGAGUAUGCCGGCUUCCACAAUGUCUACCCGUACACCUGGGGAGGCUUCUCAGACAUUGAUCUAAUGGCUGAUGAGAUGGGGCUGUGGGCUGUCUAUGCCACUAACCAGAAUGCAGGCAAUGUAGUGAUUUCUCGCUUGGAGCCUGACACAUUGGAGCCUCUUAGCACUUGGAACACAGAGUACUCAAAACGCAAUGCUGGCGAAUCUUUCAUGAUCUGUGGAACUCUCUAUGUUACCAACUCACACCUUACUGGGGCAAAGGUCUACUACUCCUAUGACACAAAGACGUCCACCUAUGAGUAUGUGGACAUCCCCUUUCACAAUCCAUACUUCCACAUUUCCAUGCUUGACUACAAUGCUCGAGAAAGGGCACUCUAUGCCUGGAACAAUGGACACCAGGUUAUCUUCAAUGUCACACUGUACCAUGUCAUCAAAACUGAAGACGACUCAUAAAAACACAACAGAGAAUCUGUUGGUGGCUGUGCCAGUUUUUUCCUGUUUGCCUGGAACAAUGGCCAUCUUCAAUGUCAUGUUCUACCAUGUUAUUCAUAAAGAGUCAAAUGGUAAAGAUAGAGUGGAGGUGCUCUGGGGCUAUGACACAAUGUUUUUGUUUGCCUGGAACAGGAUCCACCAGGUCAUCUUCAACAUCUUGUGCUAGCACUUUAUCAAAAUCGACACAAGGGACAAAGAGGACAGCAGCUAUUACAUGAUUUUCUCAAGACCAUUUUCAAACUUGCUCAUCAAAAUCCAAGGACAUAUAGAACAUAUAAAAAGGAUUUAUAAAGACAGGGAAGAAGAGUCCAGUGGGUAUCACAGGAUUUUCUAGUUCACCUGGAACAAUAGCCACCGGGUCUUCAAUGUCACAUCCUACCAUGUCAUCAAAAAUGUGUAUGAUUCUUGAAGAGUGCAGUGGCUAUGACACUUCUUAAUCUUCAGUAACCACUCUAUUCCAGUCAUGGUCAUGGCUGCUCCAGAACCCAUUCAGAAACACUGGGUGUGAGGCAGGAAUACACCCAUAGCAGGGCACCAUGCACACACAUUCAUACCCAAGGACAAAUUAGCAUAGCCAAUCCACCUACUGACAAGAUUUGGGAGUUGGGAGGAAACCGGAGAACCAGAGAAGGAAAAAGAGAGAACUUGCAAAAAUCCACAUGAGGACAACUCAUAAAGACCAUUUGUAACAAGAUGGAGGAGUAGCUUGUUGUCUAAAAUAUGAUUUUUUCAUUCAUCAAAAGCAAGGGCAACCAAGUCAUCUUCAAAGUUAUACUCCAGCACAUCAAUAAAACUGAAGACUGAUUAAAACUUAUUUUCUUGUUCAGCUAGAUCAGGAGUCAUCAACCAACAGACCAUGGUCCAGAUGCAGACACAGCAGAACUGAAAUAAAUAUAAAUAAAUAAAAAAAUAGGCCAUAGACUCCAGGUUUCUAAAAAAAUAAAAUAACUAGUUGUGGCCAAUCAUAUGCAUUUAUGCAAAUGAUUUAGCUGAAGGCAGCUCAUUUGACCAGAGACUAGCUACAGGGUGAGGGACAUUAGCUCAGAAAUGAGAGCAUUUUCACAGAUUUUUAAUUUUAUUUACCCACUCUGGUCUAAUUAGUGAAAUUUCUAAGAACUAAUUGAUAAUGGUUAAACAUAAAAAGCUGAAUACCCCUGAUUUAGAGCAACAGAGCAUGCCGUCUUCAGAGUCACACUCUACCACAUCAUGAAAACUGUGGAUGAUUCAUACACACAAUUUCUAAAUACAGGGAGGGGUCAGGCCACUGCGGCAUGAUUUUCUUGCUCACCAGGAACAAUAACCACCACUCUCCAAACCGAAGACACUUGUAAAGACACAAUCGGUGAAGGCAAAGAGGAGGAGCUCAGCGGUUACAAUAUGAUUUUAUUUUUCUUUUAGAGCCACCAAUUGAUCUUAAACCACAUUAUCAUCAAAUGUGAAGAAGAGAAAAUCAAGCAGGAGGAAUGUGGUGGAUAAGGAGUGAUAAAUAGAAUGAUAAAUGGAUGUCAUUGGCUUUUUUAUUUGACGAAGAGCAAACAAAAAGAGACAAAUGUAGUAACAAAAAGAAGUAAUGUUCUAGUGAACACAUGGACAAGAAUGGCCAGAAUGAAUGAACGAACGAACGAACGAAGGGAUGAAUGGCAAACAGAAUGAAUAGGAUGAAUGUUGUUGAAUUCUUUCAGUUCUCUAUGCUGAUGACCUUGCCUUACCUCGCGCCAUUUAGUUUCGUGCAGUUGUUAGAUUUCAGAACGCUUUUUUUUUCUGCAUGAAUGCUGACCUUUUUUUUCAUUGUAAUUUAUUAUUGUCCUAGUGUUAAAAAGAAAACAAUUGUCUUGUGGAAUAAGUUUUAAUAACCAAGUCAGUGCUAUUUGGCAAGAAACUGAUUAGGUGUUCAUUUGUAUAAAGCAUCACGACCUUCUUCUAAAUAUGAACCAAAUGUGAACGAUUGUAACCUUUUUCAUGUCUCUCUGAAUUAAUUGUGUAUAUGAAAUACACUAAUGCCCAAUUCAGCUGGUUAUACUUUACAUAUUUUAGUAUACAUCAAGUGGUCAGGGGCAUAAAGAAGAGUGUGUGAUGGAUAAAGUGGAAACGAUGAAGGUUAUAAAAUAAGGACUAUUUUUUUGUGCUGAGUCUUGUGACAGGCCGGCUCUCUGAAAUCAGAAAUUGUCACGCGUUUCCUUUGAUGACUUUGAGUGCGGCUCUUCUGCAAUUUCAAUCAACAUGAAAGGCAGAGGAGCAGCAAUGAUUGGAGUCCCUUAGCUGCAAUUUCUUCCUCUCAUGUCGGUGUCAAGAUCCUCUGUCUGCCAGCACAAAGGGAAUUUAAAUGCUGCCCAGCAGUUCAGUGGGAGAAAAUGGCAGCACCUCUGGGAGUUCGUUUAUGACUCCACCACACCUGUGCUAUCACAUACUAAUCACCUUCACUUCACACACACUUACACAAGGCCUUAUUACCUUCGGUGAUUUUUUUCCCGCAUUUGUUAUCUGUUUUAUAUUUGGUUAAAAUAGUUUUUUUUUCUGCAUUUUGUCCACCAAUUACAGUCGAUUGUUUCAUGACCACACCCACACCAGUUUCCCUUUUCCAUCUCAAGGCAAGUGAAGAACCAGCUCAUGAAUCUAAUCAAGCAAUCACGCAAGGUCACGAGUUCACUCUGUAAUACGAAGCUAUAUUUUCAGACGUAUGAAAAUUGACGCAUAGCUGUCCUGAUUGGUUUCCUAACUGCUACUUUUGCAGAUGGAUCUGCGAAUUUUCUCUUUCCUGCAGUGACGUGACAGCUGCAUCCGAAGCAGUUAGUGGGAAAUAGUGGAAGCAGAGAACAAAUCAAACGGCACUCCUGGCUCUCAUUUUCAAUUCCACAGACAGCAGUAAAACCCCACAGUGAAGGAAAAAGUGGAAAGAAGCCAUGAGCCUUCCACCAUUUCUUUCCCUCUGAGUAUUGAUAUUUGCCAUUGUAUGUAUGUUGCUCUGAGAAUGUGCAUUAUAGUUAUUUUCAUACUGCAAGACAACAGGAGGUCACAAUCAAUAUUUUCACACCAAAAUAUUGAUUGUGCAAAUUUGACUUACAGAAAAAUUAACAAAUAUACAAGAACAUGUGCCAAUAUUGUUAACAAGCUGAUUUUUAUCACAAACCAGAAAUUUACAAUGAAACCUAGCGUACGUCAGCGCAUGGGUCGCGUACAUGCUACCAGCAUAAACAAUAACACAUAGUAAACUCAAAUGUUUGAAUUUAUAAACAACCAGCUGAGUGUAAAAAGGUUUUAUAUAACUCAAAGUUAGCAUAUUUAAAUAUUAUAGAUAUCUAGCAGAUCUGAUAUACACUAUAUGGCCAAAAGUAUGUGCACCCCUGACCAUCACAUCCAUUUGUGAGCCUUCCUCAAACUGUUACCACAAAGUUGGAAGCACACAAUUGUAUAGAAUGUCUUUGUAUUCUGUAGUAUAACAGUUUCUCUUCACUGGAACUAAGAGGCUCAAACCUGUUCCAGCAUGACAACGUCCCUGUGCACAAAGCGAGCUCCAUGAAGACAUGGUGUGUGAAGGUUGGAAUGGAAGAACUCGAGUGUCCUGCACAGAGCCCUGACCUCAACCCCACUGAACACCUUUGGGAUGAACUGGAACACCGACUGAACCCCAGGCCUCCUCACCAACAUCAGCGCCUGAUCUCACUAAUGCUCUUGUAGCUGAAUGAACACAAAUCCCCACAGCCACGCUCCAACAUCUAGUGGAAAGCCUUCCCAGAAGAGUGGAGCUCAUUAUAACAGGAAAGAGGUAAUAAAUCUGUUCAACAAGCACAUAUAAGUGUGAUGGUCGGGGUACACAUACUUUUGGCCAUAUAGUAUAUAUUUAGCUAUUUUAAAUAUUUAGAUAUUUUGAGAUAUUUUCUCAUUUAAUAUUGACUUGAAAAACUAAAUAAAAUAUGAAAAGUCUACUAUUAAAUGGAAAUGUGCACCUUUUAUUAUUUAUUAUUGUUUGUUUUGUUUUUGUUUAUUUUUGUAUGCCAAGAAACAGUAAAAAAUAGUAAUGUAAUAGUACGAGGUGAUGCUACUUAAUAAUAAGCAGCUCCUCCAUUUUUUUUUCUCCAAGCAACAAAGAACACAGCCCCGCCCACUAGGUAUCUAUUGGCUGAGGCUGGUGAAUUUGGAUAAAGUUGCCAUACAGCUUUUAUUUCACAAAUCCUUUUCCUUUGUGUGAAUCACUUUUCCACUGGGUGAAUGUAUGGUUUCCCGGUGUCUCUGAUACCACCGUAGCAGUGGGUAAAAAUCAUAAAUGCUACGGCUAAACUGUAAGUGUUGGCACCUCUGUUCAUGUCUAAAGAGUAUCUGCGUAAUAAGUAGAAGUAAAGACUAAGUGUCAAAUCACAAACUUCCAGAAUCCUCAGAGAACCAUUACCAGCAUGGUAUACAACUAUAAUCUCAAUAUUCCCGAAUUCUCAGCCACUUGACCACUCAUAUGACCUCUGUCUCUAUUCACACUCCCCUGAUUACUAAACACACAGCAUUCACAACUCUCUGAAAUAACCCAAAUUACAUUAUUUGAUAUUUUUACAUUCCUGCUCCAGAGCUUCACACCCCAAAAUAAAAAAAACGAAAUAAAAAAAAAUAGUUAGUAAUGUUAUUUACACAUGAUAUUCUAGAAAGCUGAGGGUACAAAUAAAACCAAAAAGAAAUGUGUAUUUACCUUUUUUUAUAUACAUUUUCAUCCUUCUACUUUAACAAGUCAUAUGUUGCUUGCUGAAUUGUAGAAAAAAACCUUUCUACACAGACGUUCCAUCUUCAAAACUCUGGCUAUAGUGGCUAUCUAACAUAAGAUCUUCCUGUAGCCAGACAGGAAGUGAUGAGUCCUGGACAGGAAUUUAGGUCUACUGGGAAAAUGUUUAGGUUUAGGCUAUACUUUCCUGAAAUCACACUGGAAUGGAAAAAUAGCAUUAUUUACCAGUUUUUAAAAUAACAUUCUCACUCUGGAACAAUGUAGAGUGAUUUUAUUCGCAUUUUUAAUAACAUAUAAUGAAAAUCUUUUGCUUUUUUAUCUUGUCCCUGUAACAUUUCGAAUUCCUGAUUCCAAGAGUUUGAGCUCUGUUAAUGUUCAUGUUCUUUGAGCCAUCAUCUGUACAAGUUGUGAAGAUCGUCUGUUUGAAGAUCGCCUGGUUUCAGUCACAAUUUUCGAUUUGUCCUCGUCUGCUUGACUGCCUUGUGAUUUUAAAUAAACACUCUGCACAUGCAAGACAGGAAGUCUCUUUAUUGGCUGUUGAUUCAUGUAUCUGCUUCAUAAAAAAGGAUGAAUCACAUGGAGAAAGGCUUAUCCAGGGGUUACUAAUCUAGGGCUCAUGAUGCCAUGUGGAGUUGCUCAAUUUACAAACAGGGUCGUGAGAGAAGCUCACAAUCUUCUAUUUGGUUUUAUUUCUUUAUUUACAAAUUUAUAUUACAGAUAUAGCUCUAACCACAAGGAGGAAUUUCAUGUGCUACUAUUUAAAAUGUUCCUGGGAGUCGUAUGUAAACAAGCCACAUUUAAAUGGAGUGUACAUGCUAUUUUAAUCCUUUUCAUUAUCCUGACUGCUGCACUGCUAGUUCCUCAACAAAAUAGAGUGACUCUGACACGAAGGAACAACAGAAGUCAAGAAAACAAACAUGAUAAUGUGCCCAAACAUUUACUGAAUAUGAAUUUACAAGUGUGACAGUAAAUAAUGUGGAGAAACUAAAAUGCCUCAUGUGUGGCAGUUUUGCUACAAUGCAAACACCGAGAACCAAGAUAUUUCUUUGCGUGCACUGAAAAUGAUGAGCCGUAUCUGUGCGAUGCUGAAUUCAGUGCUCUUGCCUGCUUUUAAUCCAUGUAUCAUUCGAAGCUGGAUGUGAUGGCAGAAAUGAGACGUUCCCUUUCAAACACACCUCCUGACUCUGAAAAGCUGUGUCAAGAAAUGCCAGCUCACACUUCCCACUAGCCUGGCCAGUCAGUGUAACGACAUUCUUUUGUUUUUAGUUUGCUGAAUAUAACAUAUGAUAAACAUUUUCAAAUGUUACAGUAGUCCUAAAUGAUAAAUCUGGGAUAAUAAAAUGUAGGGUGGUCAAGGCUUGGGGUUGCAGAAAUUCAUAAUGUCCAUUUGGGAUUGUUUGUCCAAGAACCCCUGGGCUAAUCAAACGUAAAUCCAUGUUCAUCAAUCUGAAACAAUUGCAAAAUACAUCACUACAAACCUAGAAACAGCACUAGCAGACACUAAGGACGAGGAACAACAAAAAAGAACCUAGGAAUCUGAAAGACACAAAUUAGCAUGGCUUAGAGUUGAAGAUUAGCACUAGCAAGACGUCACCAUGAGCUGGGAUAUAUAAAAAAAAACAACAACAACAAAAAAAAAAAAACAUGGCUUAAUGAGAACGAAUAAAACACAUAAGAAGAAACAGGUGCAAAAAACAAUCAUGCAGUGUGUUUAGGGCAGAGCUGGAGGAAUAAAAGUGUUAAGCAGCAGGAUCAGGAUCAGAUUAACUGCGUCACACCAGACACUAUGGGCCAUAUUCAGAGUGUGUGUAUUGAGGAGUUAAUACCGAAAAUAAGAGGUCAUGUGGUGAUCUGUCAAUUCUGUUCAGUGCAAAACAAUGUCUGACACGUCACGUCUAUAGUGUAUAGUCUAAAAAUCAUUAGAUUCAGAGUCAGAGGCCAUAUUUAGAGUCAGAUGUAAGUUCAAAAGGUACAUCAGUGCAGUAUUUGCAUGGGGAAUGUUCCUCCUAUUCAGAGUCAGGUUGUGCAUAUGCUUAAGGCAAUGUUCUGUGUUUCAGAAGAUGGCUUUUUCAGUAGCGUCUAAACCACCACAUUUAAUGAUCAAAG